CAAGAAGAGAUUCUAUUUCCCAAAUUUGUCUUCUCUGCAGUUAAAAGGUAGAUUUACAACAAAAAACUACAACCAAACGUUUCUUCCUUAGUGGAAGUUCCAUCAUUGUUGAUAAAACUUGUGGCCAACUCCAAUAAAUUUGGAGUUCUUAUGCAGCUCAUGCUUUUCUUUAAGGAUCCUAUAUCUCUAAGUUCUUAGUGGCCAUCUGAGAAUACAUCGACCUGAGAUGGAGGUUGAACGUUCUCUAGAACAAGAGAAAACUUCAGGCAAUGAUGAUAUAGGUGCACUUAGAACUGGAACUGUGUGGAGUGCAGUUGCGCAUAUAAUUUCUGCUGUAAUUGGAGCUGGUGUUCUCUCCCUAGCCUGGAGCACAGCACAGUUAGGAUGGAUUGCAGCGCCAAUCGCCUUGUUAUAUUUUGCAGUUGUUACUUACAUAUCUGCAUCCCUUAUAUGUGACUGUUACAGGUCACCUGAUCCCAUAACAGGAACGCGAAAUCCCUCUUACAUUGAUGCUGUUAGAGUUAAUCUUGGCAAGAAAUGGACGUGGGUGUGUGGUUUGCUUCAGUAUGUGAGCUUCUAUGGGACUGGUAUUGCCUAUAUAAUUACAAGUGCAACAAGUAUGAGAGAAAUUCAGAGAUCAAAUUGUUACCACAAAGAAGGAACAAACGCUGAUUGCCACACUGGGAAAAACAUCUUUAUGCUGAUUUUUGGUAUUAUUCAGAUAGUAACGUCGCAGAUACCAGAUUUUCAUAACAUGACGCGGUUGUCUGUCGUUGCUGCAUUAAUGUCAUUUUGUUACUCUUUCAUUGGGUUGGCACUUGGGUUUUCUAAAGUGAUUGACAACAGGCGUAUCAAAGGAAGCAUUGUGGGAGUACCGGCAAAGAGUGCUGCUCAAAAGAUUUGGUUAGUGUUCCAGGCACUCGGAGACAUUGCUUUUGCCUAUCCUUAUUCGAUCAUUCUCCUGGAGAUACAGGAUACACUAAAAUCGCCUCCACCAGAAAAUCAGACCAUGAAGAAGGCAUCAAUAAGUGCAAUAGUUAUCACCACUUUCUUCUAUCUAUGCUGUAGUGGCUUCGGAUAUGCAGCCUUUGGGAAUGACACACCAGGGAACCUCUUGACAGGUUUCUACGAGCCGUUUUGGCUUGUUGAUUUUGCUAAUGCCUGCAUAGUUCUGCAUCUGGUUGGAGGGUAUCAGGUAUACAGCCAGCCAGUGUUUGCAUUUGUUGAGAAAAAGUUAACUCAGAAGUUCCCAGAGAACAAAUUCCUGAAUAAAUUCUAUGCCAUCAAACUCCCAGUGUUGCCAGAUUUUCAGUUGAAUUUCUUUCGGUUAUGUUUUCGGACAUUUUAUGUUAUGUCUACAACAGCAAUAGCAAUGGCAUUUCCUUAUUUCAAUCAGGUAUUAGGAAUAUUGGGAGCCUUCAACUUUUGGCCUAUGACCAUAUAUUUCCCAGUGGAAAUGUACAUAGUACAAAGGAAAAUUGGAGCUUGGACAAAGAAAUGGCUUCUUCUUGAGGGUUUCAGCAUCAUCUGUUUGCUUGUAUCUGUAGUUGGUUUGAUUGGAUCAGUUGAGGGAAUAAUUAGUGCUAAAUUAGCUAAAGUAUAAAUUUCUCUCUUUGAUUCUCAAGAAUCUUGCUACAAGUUGUAGAAAUCAGAAAAUCUUCCUAUUAAAUAUUGCUUUGUGCUAAUCAAUUUUAUUAGAGAGAAA